GCAACCAUCAUGUCAGGAUCCACUCUCAGUCUGAACCAUGACCCCACUCCACUGCGCAGCACCCUGGGACGUCAGGCGAGCUUCCAGGAACGCAGUAACUCCAGACCCCAGGUAUCAGCUCGAUCAAACACCUUGCCCUCCGACCCGCAGCGCCGAGCCUUUGCCAUGAGGAAGAUGAGGCAGGAAGUCAAUGAGAUCCUAAACCAGAACCCUGUGGAACUCCAUAAGUUGACUCUAGAGAAGGCUUCAGAUCUGGAGGACUUUGGUUUCAGUGUGUCUGAUGGUUUAUUGGACCGUGGUGUUUACGUGAGCAACAUUCGACCGGGGGGCCCGGCAGAGAAGGGCGGCCUCAGAGCCUAUGACAGAAUACUACAGAUAAACCACGUGCGGACCAGAGACUUUGACUGCUGCCUCGUCGUUCCACUGAUCGCAGAGUCUCCAAACCAUUUGGAGCUUGUCAUCAGCCGAAACCCGACCUCCUCCACAACCUCCCUACUGGCCAAUCACACAGACGGUACUAACAACAGCACCCACUCCCCUCAGCCAAUCAGCAGUGAUCUAGGACCUACAGACCAUGGAGAGGAUGGUGGUCCAAUCAAGUGGAGUCAACCGGGAGAUCGGUUGGGGGUGGCGUUUGCGGUUAGUCAGGUGAAUAAUAAGUCUUUAUAGCAGACAAACACUGGAGGAAACUGGAUUAAACCGGUUCUAACCAGAUUGGACUGGAGAGGUCAACAAGGAGAACAAUACAACAACAAUAAACUGGACCCAUCCAAACUGGUUCAGAGUGGAUCCCCCAUGGUGCUACACACCCUCUGGAUGAACUUGGACCCUUGACCACUAAAGUUUGACCUUUGAACUGCUAAAGCAGCCUGAAAGCACAUUAGACUGGAGCAACUCCUCACCUUCACCUGAGCCAGUUCUGCACACUGGAAGUACUGGUAUCACUGGAACCAGGUCUAUGACUACUGAUCCUUCUUGAACCACUGGAGCUACUGGACUUACUGGUUCUAUCAACCAAGAGCCAUUUCUACUGAUUCCUACUGAAGACAGAGCCAACGGUGUGACUGGUGUAUGAUUAAUGGUUACUGGUUCUGCAAGCUUGUAACUAGGGCUACUGCAACAGCCACUGGUUCAAGACUUGAGUGAACUGGUCUUAGUGGUUUGAAAAUCAUGGCUUCUUAUUUCGCUGAAGCCAGAGCAAGAGCCAGUGGUCACACUGGUCCAAGACACAUGGGUUCUAGUCUUACUGGUUACAAAGCCAUGGCCUUAAGCAAGCCAAAACUAAUGGUCUUUCUGGUCCAAGAUACAUGGGUUCCGGUCAGACCCAUGGGUACUGGUCCAACUGAAGCCAGAGCCACAGUCAGUGGUCUUAAUGGUUGAAGACACGGCUCUUGUUCAUGGCCUUAGUGGUGAUCAAAUCACUGUUACUAACACAUAGCCACAACCACUGGUUCUAAAAGCCCAGAUAUGUGUCCUACUGGUCUUACUGGAGCCAGAACUUUGGUGUUUGGUUGUACAAGCCAAGAACCACAGCAGCACAAAGACUGAUAGGACUUCAGAAUCCAGAACCUAUUGGUGGAGAGUCGGGUAGCCAAGGACAUUAGUGAUGCUCUGAUCAGGGUAUCGUCGGGAUCGACCGAAUCGAUUCCACAUUUCUGUUGUUUUAAAGAAAGCCUCCUUUUUAACCCAACCACUGUGAUCAAAGUCAAAGUCUUAAUCUUGAUAAUCGUCAGGUUGGAAUCGCUUUUAUGAAAUAUUUUUAUAUUAUGCUGCUACUCACUCCAGACGUUACAAAAGAAAACUUUUACAUCCUGCUCAUUUGGGUUUAAGACCACAAAGUUUUAGGUUUCUCUUUAAGAACUAGAUAGAGGUUCCUAUCAGAUGGCAAAAGAUAAGUGUAAAUCUUUACUCAGCCACAGAGUAAACUGAGGAUUAGGUAUAGAGUAGGUUAGAUUAGACCACAUCAAGAUACAGCUGUUUGACAUGCAGGGUAAACCAAAUUAUAAUCCUCCAAAAGUCUUCAAUGAUAGAACUUCAUUUGCUCAUUGCAUGUUAUCGAACCAACACCAUUUGGGGCUCAAAGACAUUCAUAUUCAAUGUUUUCAUCUGGUGUUCACGUCAAUUUGUUUGACGAUUCUGACAGUUUCAGUGCAAACCAAUUGAUGCUCAGGUGGCAAAAAGAACUAUUGGAAUCUAAAUAUCUGUUAAUAUCAAGUCUCUGUAGAGUUUUUGGUCACAUUGACUUUAAACUGUAAAAACAAUGAAAGUACUCGUGUGGUUGGCCUGACACAAGUCACCAGGAAAUCCAGAUUCAGAUCAACAAGUUGAGCUUUGUCCUCAGAUUAUUUCAUUGUACGUCUUGGAGGUUAACCAUCAUUAAGAUUAAGUGUAGAUGUGUAGGCGUGCUGGAGAUAAAAAAAAGCUGCUUCAGCAAAAUGUGUUUACAAAAAUUUAAUAUCAAUUUAAAGGUUUGCUUUGGUUUUAAACAAAAAGGAUUUGUUUAAAUCAAAGCGCAUGGGCAAGUUUCAUUCUUGACCUUGAAGAUGCUUUAAAGUGAUACCCGAGGUCAGGAGUACACUGAACCUGAACAGAUGGUACCAAACUGACAAUGAAAAAUAUGACAGUUUAAAAAUCCACACUUUGUGUUGGGAGUGUUUUCUCGGUUAUAUGUGCCAAUGUUUAGCGGUAGAAUCGACCAAUUUAAACCAAACACAGACCUCAGUGGAGGGAAAACAGGUGGCCAUGUUGGAUUUUAUUGUAUAUCUUCACUAUUGUUCAAUUUCAGGAUAAAAAUAGAGAACGCUUCACUUUCUAUGAUGGAAACUGAUCAGAGCAUCCCUAAUGAGACGGUGAGCGAAGGGUUAAUGUCAAAACUUUAGUUCUGUGCCAUGAACGAGCUGCAGACUGGAGGAGUAAUAAUCAUGAUGAUGAUGGUGAUGAUGAUGAUGAUGAUGAUGAUGAUGAUGAUGAUGAAGAUGAUGAUGAUGAUGAUGAU